GACCUAACACCUCAGCCACCGGAACUCCCGAUUCCCUGCUUGACUUCUAGAUUGGAGGUUCGGAUGCCGUGUUGAAGAAACGGAAGUUGAGGAAAAGCCAGGAGAGGCAGAGUGAGGCCCCUUCUGUCGAGAAAGCAAACAGCCUGCCGAAGAUGGCACGGAAAUGUCGGGAAAAGAAGACAAAACCUAGCAACUGGCCAACCAUCGUUUCGUGGAUCCGGUCAUUCUGGAACCGAAUAACUCGGAAUCGGCAGAGAGAGGAAGAACAGAAUCAGGAGCUAGUUACAGAACCUGCUGUCCAACAACUCAUUAAGAAUGGGAAAUUUCUGGAAGCUUUCAAGUAUUUUAAGUGGAGUGACCAAGCGGAAGAUGGUAGCAAAGCAGCUCUUUUGAAAUUUCUGAAGCAGGAGAUGGAGAAAGCGGUGGAAACGGCCUUCCAAACGGGAGACCGGGCGUACCCCGAGAAGCCAAAGUCGGGGGAUGGUUUGCGUUUGCGGCAUGCAGAAGGGCCCCAGGAGAAAAUCAGGUCGGACGAAGAGUCAGAGGACUCAAUGAGCAUUUCCUCUAAUGGCUGGGACUCUGAUCUGGAAGAGCUGUUCAGGAAGUACGCUGAGUUGCAGAUUCCGCCAUUCGGACAGGACCUGUCCCAGAAGAUCGACGCGUAUUUGGAGGAACUGAACAACCACAUCAGGAAAAACCUGACGGGACAGAGGGAAGGAAACCUUUGUGUCCUCUACAGCAAAUGCUUCCAAGACGUUCUGCUGUCUCGCCUGAAUAUGAUUGCCUUCGAAAAACCUUCCUUGGCAGACCUCUGUCAGGUGUAUAACUGGGCAUCGUGUAAUAUUUUUGCCAAGGGGGAGAAGCGUGGCCAGGCAAAGGCCCAGGAACAGGACAGCUUGGACUCCAUAAAGUUCUGUUCUUUUUUGACUCAGCUUGAACAAGAGAUACUAAGACUGGUUCAGAUACAGCUGGAAGAGAAGCUGAAAAAUGUGAUGGACAUUAACAGGAAAACACCGGUCGCCCAACUUCCAAACCCCUUUUCUGAUUGCUAUAUGCUGGUAAAUGAUACAAUAAAGAACAUCGGAGUCCUGGGAGAUUCCAUAACCAGCAAGGCCAAAGUCCAGUGCCUGCAAACGUUUUCACACUUUCUGAAAAGCUAUGUACAAGAGGCAAAAGGCCUCCUUCAGCAUCAGGCCAAUCGAGAACACUCUCAAGAAUUCAAGAUCUUAGAAAACUGCUGUACCCUGAAGACGUGUCUUGGUUUUAUAAAGAAAUACCACUCCAGUCCCAAACUGAACUCCACCAUGGAUGAAGACCUGAAGACCAUUGAAGAAAUGACGAGGAACCAGCUCCUGCAGAGGUUUACAGACACACUCCAGGAAAGUCUCAAGGAUCAUUUCCAGGCCAUGAAUGGAGACCUCAGGAGAGUUCUUAAAUUAAUCAACGACAAUGUUUCCCUCUGCAAGCGGAUCCAAACCCCCAACUUUCCCUAUAAGACUCUCCUGAGGUGCUUCUUCGAACGGGCCGUCAAAGCGUACAUCGAGGUCCUCUUCUCCCACCUUUCAUCAAAUGAGAGAUCCUUUCGCACAUCGAGAUCGAAAAUCCCGCCAAAUGUUAAGGCUGACUGGCAGAGCCUGAAAACCUGCUUCCCCAUGGAUUUGAAUCCCAAAUCUGACAGCGAAGACCCAGUCCUGAAGGUUCUGGAACUGCUGGAGAUGAGUGAUGGAGAAAUGAAGCAAUCGGGGUUCCGUGCUCUGCAGCAAAAGUUUCCUUUUUUAAGUUCGAUCCAGGGCCGGGGAGAAUUUUGUGAGAAUGAAACAACCAGCCUCCUCGAGAUGACUGAAGAGGACGGGAUGGAAGUCUCCUGCUGCUGCUGCUGCUGCUGCCGCAGGAAGGUCCGGAAUCCGCAGAUACACUACAAACCCCUGGCCUGAAGGUCCCCAGGAGGUCCAGUGAACCAGUCAAAGAUAUCAGAAUGGCGCAGCAGGCAUAAGACAGUCCUAAGAUGCUGGAAACGGGCACCGUGCCGAGAGAGACGGCCCCCGGACUUUCCUGGGAAAAUCAGUCCAACCCGUGCUAUAGGCUCCGCUGGGGCUCGCAUUCUCCAGAAUCCACAGAAAGAAGUGUGGCCUAAUAGAUAAGAGGAUGGCCUUUCGAGUCAGAAGGACCUGAGU